UUCUAGAAACACCGUACGAUUCUCUUCGCUGCUGCUUUUUGUUUUUGCUUCACCAAAAUGGAUUACGGUGUGAUUGCCAUUUCGCUUUUUGUUUUUGCUUCAUAAAAGCCUCCAUCUUUCCCCCCUUUUGGCACGAAACCCAUAACCCAAAAAGCUUUUGGGAAAAGGUGAUCAAACCAAAAAGGGUUUUGGGAAAACUUGAUCAGUUGUCCGAUGAGUUCAGAGUCCAAGCCGGUGAUCGGGUCUCUCCCCGCCGGUAUCUCGUCCUGGAAGCCUCCGGCGACCGGCGGAACCUCAACCGUCGGACAGCUGCUUGAUAUUUGGAAGUAUCUUUCCCGAGAAAAAGAGAUUCCUCCGCUGAGCGAGCGUGAAAGCGGGGCGAGGAGAGAGCAAUCGCGCCUGGAAAUCGAGAACGUGAAGCUCAAAGUCGAGCUGAAGAAUCUGAGGAGGGAAUACGAAAACCUAACUGAAAACAACAUUCGUCUGGAGGAGGAGAAGAAGGUUCUAGACGGCAGGGAGAAGAGGAGCGAAGAGAGAUACAAGAAGAUCAACCAGGAGCUUCUGAAAGAGCAGGAGGAGAAAUGCAAACUAAUUUUUAGCCUGAAAAAGGAGAUUGAGACGCUAAAGAGUGAGAAGAAUGAAGCUGCCAUGAAACUUGAGGCUUCUGAGAAGAGGUUUCAGUUGUUGGAGGAAAGACAUUCUUGUUUGGAGAAGUAUGUUGCAGUAAAAGAAGGUAAAAUGGCUGAAAAUCAUUAUGGUGAUGCUGACAAUGGAACCCACCUUGCUUCCACUCCAGAUACAAUGGGGAGUUGCAGAUCAAAGUUGAAAGAUGCAUCUUCCUUCAUAGUGGCUUCACCUGUGGUGGUUCUCAGUGACAGUGAUGAAGGUGCCUCUCUAGCAUACCUCUGUAGUUCAGAAGUUUUGGGACAAACGGAGAAAUCAUCUUCCACUCACAAAAGCCAAGAAAAGAAAGAAAAGCGUGUGGUGAAGAGGAAAAGAAGCUUGAGGAAGAGCCAUGAUGGUGGAGUUUCUCCAUGGAAGAAAAUGUAUGUUCAAGAUCUGCAGGACCAUAGAGUGAGCUCGAGAAGUUGCAGCCGUGGUGAUGGAUCAAAGGGCGGUGCAGACUGUGCAGUAGCCCCUUCGAAAGGAGGCAGUUCUAUGGAUUCAGAAGAUUCAGCUACUUACUUGGGAUCCCAGAAAGGGAAAGGAAGAGGGCCAUGGCUGCUUGAACCUGACAUGCGUUUGGCGUUUGAAGAUGAUCCUGAACUGUGUAUGGAUGCUGUUUGUGCACUUUAUCGACUGCAACUUUCCCUGCCAUUGUCCUUAAAACGCUUGGAUAAAGAACUCGAGAUAGUCAGGGUGGCCAAGUAUCUCAUCCACGACGAUCCAGAGAACAAGCUGAAACGAUCUGUUAGAGAAGUGAGCAAAGACGUUGUUGUUGAAUGUAAAAGAUUGGCUCUUCAUCACAGCGGGGAGCUGUUUCGAGUAUACUGUAGUGUGCAAUUGAUACUGGGGUCAAUGGGAGCAGGGAUGAUGAUUCUGCAUAGCGGUUGAGAGCGGCCAGAAUCUGCCGCCAUUGGUUUGUCACAGCAAGGCGCGGUGGCGUUGGCGUUGACUGUCAAGAACGAUUUGCAGGGAAGCAGCACCACCACGGCGUCUCGGCCUGAGACGUUGCAGUGCACAGGUGGAGUGGUGAUCAGUGAUAGCGUUAUGAACCCUAACAUCCACACCGAGAAGAAUCUCACCAUUUCUAGCCCCACACCUAAGGAUGGAUUUUGAUCAAAGUUGUGUUCAACUUGUGGUUCCUUUUAUAGUGAAACAAAUACCUAAUUCGGGCCUCACUCGGUGUCGUACUUACAGUGUUUCC